GCAGGCGCUAUUCUGGUGAGAGCACGCAUGGCUGUUCACUUGGACCGCUCCCCUACCGAGCCUGGAGGAGAGGACUUGGUGCCUGCUGGUGUUUCCUUUAAGGGAGAGGGUCUGAGACCGAAAACUCUCUGCCCUACGUGGAGUCGGGCUGGUGGCCAGAAGCUUGAAGUCCAACUCAGUGAAGCUUCUUUUCAAAGGUCUCUUGGAUCCCACCUUUGAAGGACCUGUGGCGUGUUCAGACCCUUGGAGGGGUCAUCUGGGUCUCCAGAGGUUUCUCGGGAUUGAAACGCCACUCUUGCUCGGCUGUCUUCCUCCCUCUCCCUGCACAUCUUUACUUGGGCCGUAGUGUUUGUGCAAUGCUAAAUAUUACAGAAGGCAUCCUAAUACCUGCCUCCCAUCAUAAGUAACUGAAUUAAGAGAGGAGAGCACAUCUUUGCCCAGAUAAGCGCCUAAAUAAAUAGGUUCAUUUUCCUAAAAGUUUGCACCCACUAUGAAUGUUCCAGAGAUAGGUUUAGAUAGUUGAUGCCUGGUUUCUGGGUUUUUUUGUCCCUGCUAUUCUUGAACUGCCUUCAGAGAAACCAAAUCUAAUGGAGUGCCAAAUGGAGCCCUUUUAAUAAGGGGCUCAGGUUUCUUUUCUUUUUUUUUUUUUAAGGGGCUCAGGUUUCUGAGAAUGUUUUUACCUCGGAGCCCAUCUUGUCAGGGGCCAGAUUGUCUCUCCAGGUUCCAGGAGAGGAGAAGUUUGCACAGCCAACUUCCAGAAGCCGGGGUUUCCCAUCCUGACCGAAAUAGCUUUGUUUCUUCAGGGAGGUCUUAGGAGGAGGCAGAAAGAGGUCAGGAGGAGUGCGUUUGGGUCACGGAGGAGGGUGCUGGGAUUGUUGCCUGGCCUCCGCGCUCAAGUCAGGAUCUCUAAGGAAUGGCCUGGCUUUCUGGUUGAAGGAGGUUACUUGGUCGAGCAAUUUGUUGAGAAAAGGAAGAGCCAGUUACCAACAGCCUAUAAAGCAGUUCCUGCUUGAGACUUACUAGAAACAGCAUCUCUUUGCUGUACGGGCAGUGAGAUGGCGCUCUGCGGCCCCUAGGGGUUCUUGCAUCUGCUUGUUUCUUUAUAUUAAGUAAACUCUACGCCCAACCAGGGGCUCGAACUUACGACCCUGGGAUCAAGAAUCGCACGUUCCACUAAGUGAGCCAGGCAGGCGCCCCCAUUCGUUUCUUUAAAGCCUUAUUUACUAUUGGCUCUUUUCACGAGGAGUACUUUAAAUACUCCGUUGUUUCCCUCUGUCCUCUUCUCAGAUUCCGCCCGGCUGCUGGGGUCACGCAGGGCCACUAGCCUGUGCAAGGUCUGUUCUCCGAGUGAUACCGGCAGUGGGACCUGCUAGGCCCAGUGCUGUGCGUGGGUCUCCUUGGUCUCGCAGAGGAUGGGCCAGGCAGUCCAUGCCAGCCACCAGCCACUACUCCAUGCUUGCCCCGCGGAAUUCUCACCAGCGCUCUUUCUGGGAAGUCAGGAGGGGAGGCAGACAGAGUGUCCCAUCCCGGGCCUUGUAAGCGAUCCUCGGUGUGUCCGAGGUGGCUGUCUUGCCCUAUGCUCCCCAGACCCGGUUUGCCCCGCAUGCAGGGCCAUGAAACAGCCCCUGGCUGCAGGGAGACUGUGUGGCUGGUAGUUUGGUUGGGCAGGGCUCCUGGUGCUUCCCUUGCCUGGCCGCGUCUGCCCUUUGGGUGAGCCCUUUGCUCUGUCUCUUGUGUGUUCCUGGCCAAUCUUUAACAACCGCGGUGAGAGGUUUGAUGCUUACAUGAGGUUCAGAGGCUUCUAAAUCCACACAUCAUAGAGGCAGUUUUUUGCCAUGAACAUGAAUCGAAAUAAUGUACUUAACUAUAACCUACUACUCAUCUCAUCCCCCCUCCGUAACCCCCCUGUAGGUGUAAAAUACCAAAUAUACAAAUAAAAGCACACGAUUUCACAAUGGCGGGCUCUUUGGUAUUCCAUUUGAGCCCUACAGAGAGCUGUUUCCUGUACCUGUUCUUUUGUUGACUGUCGGAAGCAAGGUAAACGUUCGUGAAAUCAUUAGUGGCCCAGAAGCUUAUCUUUCUGAAUGGGAUAGGGAGGGAGAGAAACGAGAGAAGCUUUUCAGGUAGCCCAGGGAUUCUGUAAAUAACACCAAGAUGCCUUGGAAUUGGUAGAGGUCUUGCUCAUGUGCAUUAGGCUCUUGAAAUUAAGAGUGCACUCACUAGAUCCUUUUUUUAAGUACUCUAUCAAAAUGAGGAUGAAGAAUGAUAUUCUGCCUCACUAGCAGUCCUGCUAGCACAAGAUCACAAAGAGAAAAAAAUAACUACCGCACGCCCGUUCAAAUGGCAGACAUCACGACCCAACAGACCAGUUGCUAGAGAGUUUGUGGGUCUCGUGUCUUAGAGGAGCGUGUAAGUGGGAACUACACUUGGGGACUUAACUUGAAAAUGGCAUGUGUCCAUGUUCUGUAGCCCAGUGGUUCCCCUCCUGGGUACAUGCCCCAGAGAAAGAACAUUCACAAGAGCAGCAAAAGCUGUAUUCAGAUGACGGAAUGAGCGAAAGGCACACGGCAUUGGAUCACAACGCAGUAGAUGGAAAAUAAGCCCAAGUGCUGACAGACAGCAUGGUACUUUUAUUGAAUACAGAACACUUUAGAAAUCUACAUACACAUAGAGGGCAAAGCAAAAGAAGCAGGUCCUGAGGUUGGGGGAGGCAGAAAGAUGAGGAUACUCUGGGUUCCUUUGGGUAGUGAGUUCACAACCAAGAUAAAUGUUAGAACCGGCUGGGGAGGGAGGGGGUGGAAGGGAGGCUCAUUUGCACCUUAAGACAUGGGGGGUGGCAGAUGACAUAUGCGGGCUCCAGGGGCUUCUAGAAUGUCGUACACACUUCUCCAGGUGAUUUUUCUGAAGGAAAUGCAUAGCUUCCCAUCAGACUUUAGGAUAUGUAUGACCCCAGAAGAUUCUCAGCUUGGAAUUGUUUUUAGAGCUGUCGCACUGUUACCUGGGUAUCUUCAUUGGGUCACGGAUGUGCACACAGCACGCACUCAGUGAACUGAAAAAAGCCAGGUGUCUGGAGUGAUGAUGAAGGUUUGGGGAUGGAUCGUGGUGAUGGUUGUACAGUGUUGUGAAUGUAAUGCUACUGAAUCACACACUUAAAAGUGGUUUAAAUGGUCAUGAGGAACUUGUAAUACACAAAAACUGUUGAAUUAUAAAAAAAAAUUUUUUUUUUAACCUUAAGUACACUAGAAUUGACGCAACUGGACAUGAAACUGUAGUUUUUCAAAGCUUAUUUUCUGAGUCACAACCCAAUGGUUUAUAAAUAAAAUAGAACCUUGGAGGACUUUGAAAAUUGCCUACAAGGGGGACGGCAUCCUUUUUUCACACUCAAGUACAAAAAGGGUCCUUGGGUUGACCAACCCCCAUUAUUGCAGAUGGGAAAUGGGCUCAGAGAGGGUCUGAGGGCGCCUAGGUCCCGCUGCAGAUUGACCUGGAGACUUCGCCAAUGGUCGGAGGUCACUUCUGCCAUUGCCAAGGCCCAAGACAGAAGCCAGGUGUAGGACAGCUCCUUCCCAUCGGGCGGGGGGAGGCUCUGUUGGUCUCUGCCUACUGGAAACCCCCAGGCAGGUGCACAGUCCAGGGAUCAACGGACACCAACCCCGGCCCGGCCCGGUCGUGCGAGUGGGGGUCAGGCAGGUGGUCCCAGCAAGGAGGGCUGCUGGUGCGCCCCCACCGACCUCCCUGUGGGUGCUGGGAAGACAACAGACUGGAGACUUUGGGUUCAAAUCCAGCAUAGCUUCCAUGGGCCUCCAGUCUUCUCACCUGUGUAAGUGACAUCCAAGGGGCCGGUUACCAAGGGAACUGAAUGCAGCAUUGCCCAGCCCAAGGGAGUGUGGUGGUGUCCACACAGGCCCAGGUCUGGGAGUCAGACAGCUUGACCGUGCCUGGGGAUGGGGACCAGCUCCUGGCGGCAAGGCCCACAGGAUCUCCGACUUCGAGGCCCGGCUGGCGCGCUACCCUUCUUCCCCACGGGGUGGCAGCCGCGGGCAGCCCUGGCCCACUGUGCCUUCGGGGCUGGGCCUCCUGUCUCAGCCCUGGCCACCCCAGACAGGCUGAAAGAGAAACCCAGUUCUCUGGCCCAGAGGGGCCCCUGGGGCUGAAAGAGAAACCCAGUCUCCUGCCCAGAGGGGCCCCUGGGACCAGGAAGCCCCAGUUCUGAAGUGCCAGACUGAUGGGGGUUUCCCUGGGGUCUCCUGGGAGUGGAGGUGCCACCAGGAGUUUGAUGGCCUUGGGCCAGUCACUUAAUGCCCAGUAACAGGAGGCACGGAAGCACCCCGUAUGUUUAUGGGCCCCCCCAGGAGCUGGUGACAGUAGGAGCAACAGCUGCGGGAGGGGGCCUCUGGGAACUGAGGGGGAGGGGGACAGGGGGGAACCAUGGCUCGUAGAUCGUUCCCCCUUCUGCCCUUCACCUUGCCUCCCUGUCCUGCUUCCUUGUUCGGCCUGCCCCGGUGCGCACCUGCCUGCAUCCCUCUGCCCCGUGUUCCGUGGGAGAGCGCACGGAUGUCUGUGAGUGUGUCUGUCUGUCUGUGACUCAGCCUCUCCCUCUGUGUGUGUGUGUCUGUUUGUCUCUGGUCCUCUCCCUCCCUGGGUGUGCGUGUGUGUCUCUCCAUGUCUUCCUACCCCCCCCACCGCAGGCUGCCCGUGUGUGUGUGUGUGUGUGUGUGUGUCCGUGUGAGCACCCGACUUCGUUCUCUUGCUCCCCGUCCCUCUGUGUGUCUCUUCCUCUUUGUGUGACUUGGGGUCACGUGCAUGUAUGCAGUGUGUGUCCGUCCGUGUCUCUGGCCUCUCCGAGCCUGUGUUCGUGUCUGUCGCUCAGUGCCUCUCCCUGUCUCUGCGAGCAUCUCCGGGUCCCCGGCUGUUCGCGGCAGGGCCGGUCCGGCCGAGCAGCGGAUGUGCGAGGGCUGAUUCGGGGGCUGACAGGAAGCCCGCCGCCUCGCCUGCUGCCCGCCAGUCUCGGUGGCGGUGGCGUCGGCUCGGGCAGGUGUGCGGGCUCAGGAUGAGGUGGCCGCAGUGAGGAGCCCCCGACUCUCAGCGCUGCAGGGCGCGUGGCCAGGAGCGGACAUGAAUGUGGAGAGCGAGCUGCUGUGGCCCGGGGUGGCCCUGCUGCUGCUGCUGGGGACUGUGGCCGGCCUGUGCGUGCGCUGCUCCCGCCCAGCCGUGAAGAAGUCCGAGAAGAUCUAUGAGCAGAGGAGCCUGGAAGAGAAUCAACAGAACUUUGCAGUGGCCCGGACCUAUUCCUUGGUCAGACAGGCCUGGCCAGGGCCCCUGGUGGACACAGACUCCGACGUGGCGCCAACAAGGAAGGACAAGCUGCUGAGGUUCUCCCCCAGCCUCGAGGGGAGCAGACAUGGAUCCAGAUCCGGAUCCGAUGCAGCCUACAUAGACCCCAUCACCAUGGACUAUUGCAACUGGGGGCAGACCCAGAAGCCCAGGGAAGAUGACGAUGAUGAUGAUGCCAAUUCGUACGAGAACGUGCUCAUCUGCAAGCCGAAGGACCCCGAGUCAGGUGACGAGGGAUCCGAGGAUUACCAGAACUCGGCAUCCAUCCGGCAGUGGCGGGAGUCCAGGAGGGCCGUGGAGCGAGUCCCGAGGGAAGAGCCUCUGUCCCUGGCAGGCAGCCCAGACGAGGACAGCGAGGACCCCGAUUACGUGAAUCAGAAUGUGGCAGCCACAGAAGCCUAGGAAGGAUCUGGAAGGAAGGUACAGCUGCCUCAGCCCAGGGUUCUGGACCUCACAGACCUGGGGGGCCCCAUCCCAAGGGAAAAACAGGGCUGGAGGAGCCACACGGGAGCCCCAGUGGGGGGUCAAGGGGUAGCACCCAUGGGUGCUGAAAUGGGUGGCUCUGUAGGGUGUUGGGACUGAGCUCCUGAGCCGUCCUGCCCCCAAUGCCCACAGCAGGCCCGGUGAGGUCACAGCUCCACGGCAGACACAAGGGUCUCAGGCGACUGUUGGGGGUGUCAGGCCGUGGAGGCUGGUGAGUUGUGGGGUGAAGGGGUAGGCUCCGGGUGCCUCUCUGCAACCUCGAGCAAGUGGCUCAACCUUCUGGGACCAUUUCCUCACCUGCAAAAUGGAGCAAAUGGGACACAGCACGUGCAGGACACAGGGACGGGGGUGGGACUGGGAGGUAGAGGAUGGCGCCCAUGAUGGUCGCGGCUGGACCGAGUCUGCAGCACCCACUGCGCCGGCCAGUAUGGGGCUGAGUGCUCCGCACCAGCUCGGGCCCCCAAACGCACAGAGCGCUCAGCCUCCUAUCCCAGGCCCCACUUAGAGUCAGCUGUUGGGGCCCAGGCUGUGCCACGGGGAGACAGGACUGACCCCAGUGGGUUCUCGAAGGCCCUCUGAAGUCCCGAUCGGAGCAGGCGGGCAGGCGGCUCCUGGGCUGUGAGGGCGCCACAGCAGGAGAGGCCGUAGAAGCCUGAGCCCACCGCUCACGCACUCCCCAACAUCUACUGGGCCCCUGUUGGGGGCAAGUCAGCCUUAGGUGCUGGGGACCCAGCAAUAAACGAAAUCCACCCAUGGGUGCCCGGAGCAUGUGACUCUUGAUCUCAGGGUUGCAAGUUCGAGCCCCACGUUGGGUAUAGAGAUGACUUAAAAAUAAAAUCUUAGAAAAGAAAGAAAUCCACCCAAAUCCCUGAUUGUUCAGGACGUCACUCUGGUGAGAGUGAUGACACGGAUGGCUGUGGGCUGAGAAAGGGCAGGAAGGACAGGCAGCAUGUGAGCGGGUGAUAAGCCCUGUGGAGACAAGCCCGCGGGGAGGAGGCCGCGGACCACGAGGCUGGGCUGCCCAGGGCAGCUGGGGGUGCUCCCUCCCCGGCCCGCGGUGGCGGGGGGGAAGGACGCGCAGGGGGGCAGAAGCGUGCCCAGAGGGUCUGACAACAGGGGAGGGGGCAGCCACGCAGCGACCCCUGGGUUUUCUGAGAUGGGAGGGGGCGCAGCCUGGGAACCUGGGAGCCUGGGAGCCUGGGAACGGGAUCCCUGGCUGCUGAGGAGGGAAAUGAAUUCAGGGGGCAGAAAGGGAUGCACAGAGACCAAUGAGAAUCCAGGGAAAAGGUGACUUCUUGGCUUGGGGUGGAGGCCAACAUGAAUAGGGUUUUGUUUGGUCUUAGAUUUUUUUUUAAGUUUCUUUUUUUUUUUUUAAGAUUUUUUUAUUUAUUUACUUGACAGAGAGAGACACAGCGAGAGAGGGAACACAAGCAGGGGGAGUGGGAGAGGGAGAAGCAGGCUUCCCGCGGAGCAGGGAGACCCAUGCAGGGCUCGAUCCCAGGACCCCGGGACCAUGACCUGAGCUGAAGGCAGACGCUUAACAACUGAGCCACCCAGGCGCCCCAGUUUAUUUAUUUCUAAGUAAUCUCUACACCUAACGUGGGGCUCGAACUCACGACCCCAAGAUCAAGAGUCGCAUGCUAUCCCGACUGAGCCAGCCAGGCGCCCCGUCUCUGUGUAUUUUUUGCAAUUUUUUCUUUGAUUUCUUUGUUGACCCAUUGGUUGUUUAGUAUCGUGUUGGUUAACCUCCACGUGUCUGCAUUUUUCCAUUUUUCUUGUGAUUUCUAGUUUCGUACCCCUGCGGUUGGAAAGGAUGUAUGGUAUGAUUUCAGUCUUCUUACGUUUAUUGAGGCUUGUUUGGUGGCCUGACAUGUGGUCUGUUCUGCAGGAUGUUCCAUGUGUACUUGAAAAGAAUGUGUAUUCUGUUGUUUGGGAUGGAAUGUUCUGUAUUUACCCGUUAUGUCCGAAUUGGGAGUUGGUUUUGAAGGUGGAGCGCACAGGACUCACUGAUGCACUGGGUGUUGGGGGGCCAGGUAGAGAGGAGCUGAGGGGCUGCAGGUUUUUUGGCUGAGCAACAAGAGGAUGUCACUGUCCCCAGCCGAGGUGUGAGAGGCUGUGGGCAGAGCAGGCCCUGUGGGCAGGCCAGCUUAUUUCUGGACGUGUUUGGCUCGAGCUGCGCGCGUGGGGAGAAAUAUGAAGUGGGCAGCUAGACAGCUGAGCCUGGACUGAGGGCGAGGCCAGGCUGGAGACAGACGUGGGGCGUCGUCAUUGAGAGUGACAACUGUCAGCCCCCGGGGAGUGAGGCUGAGAAGAGGGGCCAGCACUGAGGCCCGAGGCUGGGAGGCGAAGCGGCAAAGGGCAGUGUCCUGGGCCCGAGAAAGGCACUUGGGGAGGGUGUGAGCAGGCGCCAGGCAGGCGGAGAUGCACCAGGCACUGGUGGGCACUGGUGGGCACUGGUGAGACUCGGUGGUGGGGAGAAGGCCUGCUUGUAUUCAGAACACAGGAGUCCCAAGACAGGGAGUAGAGAACAUUCCAGAAGUUCCACUUCAGAGGGGAGCAGAGACAUGGGGCAGGAGCCGGAGGGGUUGUGCAGGGUUCUGAGCUGGAAGGUGGGGUGGCAGAAACCACCAGGGAACCCCCAGGCUGAGGGCUAUAUCCUGCCUCCCCCGGGGGUCACUUCUCUCUCCGGAGCUGCCCAACCUCGACACCCGCCAUGGUUACCCCUGGGAGAUGCACCGAGGCGUCCGGAGGACCGGCCGGCCGGCCGUGGGGACCGGCUGGGGUAAGAACAGUUACACGGGACAUCAGGCCCGGCCUGGCUUCUGCAGGAGCCCGAGGCUGAGGGCAGCAUGGCUUCUGACCUGAUCCGAUGCCCGAGGGUCAGGGCAAGCUGCACCCCCGUCCCCACGUCUGAAAACAUUGUGCGUUGCUGGUAUUCCUGUGCCUUUUUGCUUUGGACUCAGGUUCCAAAUUGCUUACUAACAUCAAUUGCUGGGAUCUUUUUCCUGAUCCAUAAACUUGUACAGUUAAUUUAUAUAGGUGGAACCAUAUUUAAUAAUCUUCAUCUCCGGGUACAGAGUCUCGUCUAUCUCGUCUCCUGUGAGGAUUACACAUCAUUUCAGCAGAGAGGGGGAGCCCCCGCGCUCCAUUCUUCGGGCCUCAGUUCACUUGGAAGAGAUGAGGCUACGGGACACCCGGGUGCCCUUCAGUGGGAACGUCUGCUGCGGGCAGAGCACACCCUGUUUCUAGAGAAGGAGCAGCAAGGAGUGGCUGAGUGGCGCCCCUCUGUCGUCCCCAAAUCCUCCCCAGCCCCAGGACUGGACUCGGCUGAGCUGACUGAGCAGGGACACAGCUGUGUCAUGGGAAGCCCAGGGGCCCAAAGGGACCUUCUAAGCCAGAAAAGCCACAGACGGAGAGGCAAGAUGUUUCCUUCAACUGAAACAUCUUAAUAAAGCAUUUCCUAAGACUAGCAAUUCUCAUGUCUGUUUUUCUUGCUUCAUGCAAAACCUUCCAAGGGAGUGGAAGUCAAGCCUCUUGUUUAAUGGGAAAAGACCCUGAGGCCCCAAGAGAGAGGGACAGAGACAGAAGAGAGGAGAGAGCGAGCUGGGGGACAGGAACCUGGUCCUGGAGUCCACACUUUCCAGGAUGCCACACUAACUGUCCAAGUUAAUGCCAUCAGUUAGGAAAUGAGAAGGAAAACCAGAACACAGCUACUGGCCGCUGGUUCCUUCAGCCCCGGGAGUCCCGACCUCAGGCUCAGAGACGGAGCGGGGCGCAGUGGGGCUGUGGUGGGGGCUCCAGGCGGGAGGAGUCCUGCCAACACGGUUCUGGGGUGCGUGGCAGACACACGCCUCUGGGCCCUGGUCCUCCCCUGCAAACCUCACCACGAUCAUGAGGCUCCAGAUGAAGAAUAAGAUUGAGGAAAUAUGUUAAAAUGUUUUUUAAAACCUCACAUUGCCGUUUUUGAGGACCUUAAUUCUUUUUCUCCCCCCCCACUCUUUUUUUAAGAGAUUUUAUUUAUUGGAGAGAGGGAGAGUGAGCGAGCAUGAGCAGGGGGAGGGGCAGAGGGAGAAGCAGGCUUCCCACUGAGCAGGGAGCACGAUGCGGGGCUCGAUCCCAGGACCCUGAGAUCAUGACCUGAGCCGAAACCAAGAGUUGGAUGCUCACCUGACGGAGCCACCCAGGUGCGCCCUAUCCUUUCUUUUAUGUACACUGAUAUUUUUUUAUAAUUUAAGAAAAUGGGGGAAAAAAUAGUACCUUGUGGGGGAGGAACGAUCGUAAAAGUAAUAGAAAAUUCACUGGGGAAUUCUAAAGCAACACGCAUACGCGGUUGUACAGAAAAGGCCAGUCAGUGGGCAGGCGUCACACCACUGUCACCGGCAGGUGACUCCUGCCGGUCCUCUCUGAAGUCCUUACUGUCCCAGG